AUGCCUCUGCCCCGACGCCGCUCUUCUUUCCUGGGACAGCCGUCCUCCGAGCGCCCGGCCGCCGCCUCCUGCGGGAGGAUCGGAGCGGCCGGCACCGCCGCCCCGCGCGGUGUCUUCGUGGGCUCUGCGCCCCCCGUGGGCGGGGCCUCCAGCCUGGGGACGCGUGUCUCUCGGCGGGCUCUGGGCAUCAGCAGCGUGUUCCUGCAGGGGAUGAGGAGCAGCGCGGCCCCGGUCCUACCCCGGGCCGGCGACCGGGCGGCGGGUCCCGGAGCGGCGGCCGGAUUGAACAGCUGCCUGAUGGAGUACCGAGACAAAGUGAGAGCCCUGGAACACCUGAACCAGCAGCUGGAGGACCAGAUCCGCCUCUGUCUGGACCGCAAGGCCUCCAGCGCCGGAGCCUGGGGACCACUGAGAAGGGAGUGGGAGGAUGUCUACAGACAGGUCAGUGAAGCCAUCCUGGAUAAUGCUCGUUUGAUGCUGCAGACGGAGAACGUUCAGGCUAACGCUGAGGACUUCAAGGACAGGUACGAGAACGAGCAGCCGUUCAGGAAGGCGGUGGAGGAGGAGAUCAGCUCUCUGUACAAAGUCAUUGACGACGCCAACCUGACGAAGGCGGAGCUCGAGGAGCAGAUGGAGAACAUGAAAGCCGAGCUACGUCACCUGGAGCACAACCAUGAGCAGGACGUCCGAGUCCUCUACAGUCAGAUGGCGGGACGCGAGGUGGACGAACCUGACGCUCCCAUAGAGACCAGUCUGGACCAAAUCCUGGCCUACAUCAGGAGCCACUGGGAGAAGGUGACGGAGAAGAACCGAGCCGAGACCGACAACUAUCAGCUGGAGUGUAAGGAGGCGCAGUGUAUGAGCAGCAGACUGAGUCCGGAAGAGGAGCAGGUAGAGGCGCUGAAGGCCGAGUGUAACGACACAGGCUGCAAGAUCCAGAGUCUGCAGGCCGAGACUGAGUCCAUCCGAGCGUUGAAACGAGGUCUGGAGAACUCGCUGAGUGACGCUCGCCACUGGCAUGACAUGGAACUGCAGAAUCUGGGCUCAGUGGUGGCCAAGCUGGAGGCGGAGCUCGCCGACGUGCGUGGCGAGAUUGAGCAGCAGCGGCGCGACUACGACACGUUGCUAAGCAACAAGCAGCGUCUGGAGCAGGAGAUCGGCCUGUACCACGGCAUCCUGGACGGAGAGGAGAGCCGCUUUCUGCCGAGCGAGAUACCGUGUUCAGGUCUGCACUCACAACCUGAGGGAGCUGCCAACGCCCCUGCUGCUUCAGACUCCCGGACUAACACUCCAGGACCUCCAGGACAGUGAUCCCUGUGGAGGAUCUGAGGAGCAGGUGAAGUCCAGCAGAAUGUGGACUCUGGUCUCUGCUGGAGGAUUUCUACCUGGUGAUGUGUGCAGGUGUGAUGGAAAUCCGGAGUGUGAGGCAGCGAUCAACAUGAGGCAGUGAAGUGGUUUCUGCUAAUGAAAUAAUGUGUUGGAGGUCCCCAGGUAAACCUGUUCCCAGGACAGGUCCCGAGGACCCAACCUGAACUGGGCCUCAGAUCCAGACUCUAAGUGUUCUGGGGUUCUGCAUGGACCCAACAAAUUGAAUCCACUGGAUCCAGACAUCAACCAAAGGCUUGCGCUACUCGUCUCAAUGUAUGUUUUACCAGAGUCGUUUCCUAAAGCUCUAUGAGACAUGGAGAGAAUCACACUUACAUUUCCCAUGAUGCAACUGGAUAGUCUUUUCACUAUGCUGCAUUUAUGUUAUAUGUGAUGGAAGAUGUUUAUGAGACAUUUGAUAAAACACUACGUCCAUUAAAUCAGAGCUCAGAAACUCAGACAUGACAUGAAUGCAGCAUCAGGGAUGUUUUCAUUUGUCCCCUUCAUGUGGUGGAUUUACCUGUAAGGCACACACCUGUGAGACAUGAGGUGAUCACAUGACUGGUUCAGGACUUUGUGAUUUGAUGAGGACCACCUGGACCCACCGUUAUACGAGUCAUCAACUCACAAAGAAUUGUGGGACUGAUUUAAAGAAUAUCAGGUGUGUUUUACUUGGGUACUGUUUCACUCUGAAAUGAUGACAUCACAGCAGGUGACGGUCACCAUCAGUGUUAUUUAGAUUUUCUGAUCAAUGAACUGGAUUAUUUUGAUAUUUUUA